UCUGUAAGGACUACAAACACAUAGCUCGCGGCCGUGUAGGCUCGCAUUGUCGCAAUUUCGCACGGUUCCUAGCGGCACCCCGAUUGCAAGAUGCCAGCUUACGUACCUCCUGCUCGCCGUGGCGUUGCUGGCCUGGCCCAGCCGCAGUCCGCCCGCAUUUGGGACGUUGUGCUCCACUUUACACCCAGCGGUCCGUUCGAUGUCGCUGGCUGUCCUGAGACCAUUCUAGAAACUAUUGAAUCAGAGCAGACAGGCGAGGUGGCCACUCGGCACUUCGAGUUACCCGCGGACUGCGACACCGACACCAUCCGCGCGGUACUGGACUGGUUCAGCAAGGCCACUGCCGCCACGUCAGAGCAGUUCCCCGGCGGCGACUGGCGCUGCCAGAUGGUGUUUCCCCCGGGCCUGACUAAGGACACACGCAAGCUGCUGCACAUAGUGGCGCAGGGCUUAGGCUUGCCCACAUUCAGCAAGGGCCUGGGCGAAGAGCGGCGUCUGGCUGUGCACGGCGUGGCGUUCCGCGGCACGCCCGAAAUGGAGGCGGAGAUGGCGCUGGUGGUGGCACGGAAGAAGGCGCCCGCGGCGCUGAGGGAGCGGGCCAAGCUCAUCUGGCGCUGGGGCCAGGCUGAGGGCGGCGCGCUCACGGGCCUGAGCCUGGGCGAGAUUGAGGAGGCUCUGCUGGCGGCCCCGGAUGAGUCGCUGCUGCCGGAGUGCGUGAAGGACAUGCUGGAGCGCAGGUCCCACGGCGGGCGGCUGCUGGCGGCCAUCAAGGCGGGCGACAGCGCCACGGCCCUGCAGGUGUUGGCGGAGCACCCCCGGGCCGCGUACAUACGGGACGAGCCGCCGCCGGGCGUGGCGCACGGCAGCGAACAGGACACGGGCUACUACCCGGUGCAUCUGGCCGCACUGGGCGGACUUUGCGACGUCAUACGGGCGCUGGCGUCACAGGGCAAAGAGGCGCUGGAGGUGCGCGACCGCAACUACGCCACGCCCCUCAAGGUGGCCAAGAAGGCUGGCGUCACGGCGGCGGUGGAGUUGAUGCUCAGCCUGGGAGCCAAGGAUUUCGAGGUGGGCCAGGCUGCGCACAAGACUGCGGCCGUUGGCAUCCCGCCAGGCCGCGGCGCCCACAUGCAGUCGGCUGGCCAGGUGAUGCUGACCGGCGGCUCGCCCGCUGCCGGCACCUCGCCCGCCGGGGCUAGCGGCGGCUCCUACAUGUCGGGCUCGGGCCACGUGGGUCCGGGCAGCGGCCAGCGGCAGCGGCGUGUCAGCCACGGCGAGACCUCCCGCGCCGGCCAGUUCCAUCACCAGGCGCAGCACCAGAACGCUUACGCGCACUUCCAGCAUCACGGCCACGGCCAUGACCACCAUCAGCACCCGCACGGUGGCGCAGGCAGCGGCCGCGACAGCCACCACGGCAGUGGUGCCCCAGGCGCGGCCGGCAACCGGCGGCGCAGCACGGACGAGCAUGGCCACCAUCACUCACAGCCGGGCAGCGCUCCUGCGGGCGCCGCCGCCGCCGCCCGGGACCCCACAAUCAACCCUUUUGCCUGCCUGGUCGGCACCAACGACGCCGCCGAGGCGGGCAACGGCAACGGGAGCGGCCGCAGCCGCCGCAACUCGUCCAUGGGCCGCCCGCCCCGUGCGCCCGGCAGCGAGCUGGGCGGAGGCUGCGGCAGCGGCCACGUGAGCGGUCUGGGCGAUGCCGGCAGCGACAGCGACCCCGGCAACAACGCCGACAUGCUGGGCGCCGGCGGCAGACACAGUGCCGGCAUGGGCGGGCUGGGCGCUGGGCUAACCAAGCUGCGACUGGCCAACGCCUCCGCCGCCCCGGCCUCGCGCCGUGUGGCCCUGCCGUCCAUUAUGUCGGGCGAGCUGGAUGAGGACAGCGCGGCGGCGGCACUGGCUGCACUGGGGCUAUCUUGCAAGCCGCUGCUGCCCACCGCAGACGAGGAGGAGGAGCAGAUGAUUGCGGCGGCCGAGGCGCGCAAGAAGACGGUGGCUGCUGCAGCGCGGCGGGAGCGGGGCGAGGAUGAGGAUGAUGAGGACGACGAUGAUGAUGAUGACGGCAGCGGCCUCGAUGAGGCGGACGGGCCACCCGCCGGCAGUCGCAUGGACAGCAUGGUGGAGGGGGGCACGCCACGCAAGCGCAAGACGCGGCGCGGUCGGCGCGGCCGGGGCGGUCGCCGCCACUCCAUGCCCAACACCGAGGAGGCCAUGGCGGCGGCGGAUGCGGCAGCGCGGGCGGUCAACGGCGUGGGCUCGGCGGUGCCCAUCCGAAUGGCGGCCGCCAAGGACGGCAACGAGGGCCUGGUGGGCAGUGCGCCCAAUGGCGCCGCCGAGUCGGGCGCACAGCUCAUGUCCGCCUACGCCGCCCGCCGCAGCAACAACGGCACCGGGCACAUCGGCGGCUUCGACGGCAGCGACAGUGACGACAGCGAUGAUAGCGACGGCAGCGGCGGCGGCAGCCGCAGCAGGCGCGGCGGCCAGCCCGCACGCGCGCGCCGACACGAGCGCCGCCGCACCGCCCGAGAGAGCGGACCCGGCGCUGGAAGCGACCGUGCACCCGGUGAGGGCUCGGGCGCCGGCGGCCGGCGCUCACGCCGCACCAGCGCCGCCGACUACCACCACAGCGCCCAGGGACACGCGGGCAAGGGCCAGACCGGCCACUACCAGGUGUACGGCGGCCACCCACCACACGCGCACGCGGCCGACGAGGCGGUGUCGUGGCGCCGCGAGACAGCUCUGCCGCCCACCGCAGGCGGCCCCGGCUCCAUGAGUGGCUCUGGCCCCAUGGCCGCGCGCCUGACCGCCGCCUACGCCUCCAACACCGGAGUGCCCGGCUCACCGCUGCGGCCCGACCGCGAGCGUGGCGGCCCGGGCGAGGGCCCCGCCGGCCUGCGCACCCAGUCCGCCAUGAUGCCCAGCGCCUGGCGCGCGCUGCCGCAGCUGCGGCGCGGCGGUGGGAUGGGUCCCGGCAGCGGUGCGCCCGGCACACCCGGUGCCAACGAGCAGCCCAACAGCCCGUUCCACCUGGGCAGCGCCGGCGUGCACGGCCCAAGGGAGCACGUGGCGGCCGGCCCCAGCCCCGGCGUCUCCGGCUUCGGCUUCGGACGUGGACGCGGCAGGGGCGUUGCGGCCGGUGUGGCGCCUGUGGCCCCCGGCAGCCAACCCAGCGCACCGGCAGUGCCCAGCUCCCCCGCGCUGGCUAUGCGGGGCAGCAGCGGCCCCCCUGGUGCCACCGUGGCCUCAGCCCUGGCGGCACCCACCUCGCCAGCCGUCUACCGCUCCCCGGGAUCAAUCACUCAUGCAGGCAUGCCAGGCGGCGUCCUGGUCCGCACCUCCAGCAACAUCACCUCCUCCCCGUCCGUCAGCGCGAACGUGGCGGCAGCGGUGGCGGCGGCGCUUGCGCCCCCUCCAGCAUCGCCCGCACGGCGCACCGGCAGCAUCACCUCGUCGGGCGGGGCGCCCCUGUUCACGCCCGCGGACGCCGCCGCAGCCGCCGCCGCGGUGGCUGCUGUGCUGGGCUCGCCCGCGCACCGCUCGCCCGGCAGCUUCACGGGCCGCGCGCUGGCAGCCUCCGCGCCUGUGGCCUUCACGAAUGUCCAGGGCGAGCCGCAGUAGGCAGCCGCGUGCAUUUACACAUUACACCGACAGCAACAGCAGUACUGCAAGUACUGUCAUGGUAUUAGUAAUGCGCCUCUGGGGCGUACCGUACGUUGAGGUGCAACAGCAUUGCGUGGGCGCUUUAAAUUUGCAUGUCGAGUACCUGGGGCACUGGCAUGGGAGGGGACAGGUACAGGCGUUAUCCCUUAUUUUGUGCCGUAUGACCGGCACGGGUGCAUUAGAGUUUUGGGCAGCAGGGCGCGGCAGCGUAUGUCGUUGCAGCGGGCGCAGCGGAGAACGGAGCGGAGAACGCAGCGGAGAACGCAGCGGAGAACGGUGUGUUUUGCUUGCAAGCCGUGGUGGUUGCGUGGGGAGUUCACCGGCAUGCCGGGUCUGCACUGGAAUUGGGCAGCUGCUGUAGGGUCUUUGACAACUCAUUAGGGUAACGGCCAACCUGCAUUGAGCCGCGUGAUUUAACUUACAUGUGGGAAGAUGUGACCUUUCGGCAGGCAAGUCGGGAGGCUAGGUGCGUACGCGCAUAUACAUUGUGGAAAGCAGAGGGGUUCGGGAUGGGGGCUCCGGAUGGGGGGCAUCAGCAUACCCUGACUGGCUGAACCCUGACUGGCUGAACCCUGACCCUGACCCUGUAACACCUUGCUGUAUAUAUUCCGAUAAUACAUUAGUUCUACUGCACGUGGAACUUCGCAGCGAGGCUACGGACUGCCGAUGAGCGAGCCUCAUUCAAGCCGCCGCGCACACGACAGGCUUUUGAACCGACGGAUGGGCUAGCCCACACUGGCCCACAUGAAGCAGUGGAUGGGCGCGCAGCCUGACACGCUUGACCUUGAGAUCCCUGGGGAUGGGUAUUGGCUGAAGAAGCUGUAUUACGGUACAACAGAGUAGCGGUUGCAGGUUCGUGCACCUAGUAUGUGAGGCUUCAGGUUUCGAGUGGUGCAGGGUUCAGGUUCGGGUGUCGAGUGCAUCGAGUCGUCGGUGAGCGGCGGGCGAACCGUCAAACGUGGCUGACCGCCUGACCCUGUCUUCAGUUCAGACGCCAUUCCGGUGCGUGUGUCUGUAUGUCGUGCCGGUGGCCGGAUUCUACAUUGGCCAUUCAAUCACAGAUCCGAUGGCGUGGGUAAAAUUCUGUCCCCAA